AAGAAAGAAAAGAAUGUAUGAAUUUAUAAAGUGAUUGGUUAAGAAGCAAAAGAAAAAGGAGAGUUAGGGGUUUGAACAAGUCAGUAAUCAUAUAGAUAGUGAAAGUGACAGUUGGAAAAGGUGAGAGAGAGAGAGGAUCAUCACUAUAUUUAGACAUCACUUGAAAUCAUCUCUUCACAAGUGUCUGAAUCUCCCACAUCAUCUUUCUUCCUGAUUCUCAUCAUUUGGUUUGUGUUCGUUCAUAGAGAACUCCAUCUAAUGGCGAAGAGGAGGUCGUGGUUCGGUUGGAUGAAAAGACUAUUCAUCUGCGAGGCCAAAGCAAGAGCAGAGAAGAAGCCAAGGAGAUUGAGAUGGGUGUUUAAAAGGCUGAAGCUGAGACCGCAGCUUGCCACUUGUGGGCAAGAGACAAGGACUUUGAACGAAGCAACACAGGAUCAGAGGAAACAUGCAAUGAAUGUAGCCAUUGCCACGGCUGCAGCAGCUGAGGCAGCGGUUGCAGCCGCCAAGGCAGCUGCUGAGGUUGUCCGGAUGGCGGGAAACGCCUUCACAUCACAACAUUUUGUCAAGAAGCUCGCUCCCAAUGUGGCUGCUAUCAAGAUUCAGAGUGCAUUCAGGGCUUCUCUGGCCAGGAAAGCGUUGCGGGCGCUUAAGGCACUUGUAAGGCUUCAAGCAAUUGUGCGUGGCCGAGCUGUUAGGCGAAAGGUUUCUGCUUUAUUGAAGUCUUCACACUCCAACAAAGCUUCAACAUCAAACAUCAUCCAGAGACAAACAGAGAGAAAGCAUUGGUCCAAUACCAAAUCUGAGAUCAAAGAGGAGCUUCAGGUAUCGAACCAUUCGCUGUGUAACUCAAAGGUGAAGUGCAAUGGUUGGGACAGUAGUGCUCUCACGAAGGAAGAUAUAAAAGCCAUAUGGUUGAGGAAGCAAGAAGGUGUGAUCAAGCGCGAUCGUAUGUUGAAAUACUCCCGGUCUCAACGGGAGAGAAGAAGUCCUCAUAUGCUUGUGGAGUCACUGUACGCUAAGGAUAUGGGGAUGAGAAGCUGUCGGCUGGAACAUUGGGGUGAAUCCAAGUCUGCAAAAUCCAUCAACUCAUUUCUCAUUCCAAGUGAAAUGCUUGUCCCUACAAAAGUAAAGCUUAGAUCUUUGCAGAGACAAGACUCUGGUGAUGGACAAGACUCUCCAUUUUCUUUCCCAAGGAGAUCUUUCAGCCGUUUGGAGCAGAGUAUAUUGGAAGACGAGAGCUGGUUUCAAAGAUCCAAUGGUUUCCAGCCGUACAUGAGUGUGACAGAGUCUGCAAGGGAAAAGAUGAGAUCACUGAGCACACCAAGGCAACGUGUAGGGAUCAUGGAUUCUUUGUUUGAUAACUACAAGAAGGAUGGGGAUAAAGUCUCUCUCUGGUCUACUUUUGUCUGCGAAAAUAGUAAGAUCAACAACGCUAAGAAGUCGUCUCUGACCACAUAUCAACAUAAUUGUUGAAUCUUGAACAUUCAUGUCACUUUAUUUCUUUGGUUUUCCCAGUUGUUUUGUUAUUUGGAUCUCAUAUCUCAUGUGCUUUAUAGAUAUGGUUAUGAAGAGGUCAAUUUUUUGGUGUUUGAUGUCUUGCUUCUGUUCAUUUCUGUUCAAGAUCCUCCUAAAUAUACUUUGGUUCUGA